CCCCCCCCCAUUUUCGACCCGUGUGCGACACAACAACGAGCAGUUGUACAUAGUGUGUACAAGUGACGCAUCUCGCACGCACACAUGCCUGGCCACCUCAAAAGGAAACGUCCUAGCGGGGGACCCGAGCCCUCCGCCGCUACUAAGACCACCGUCGCGACAGUUUCCGCGCCAGUAACAUCACGCCGAGCGACGCGACAGAGCUCGAUCCCCCCGCUCCCCGUUCCCGAAGAUCCAGAGCCACGACGGCGACGGCGAAGACAACAACAAAAACAACAGCAGCAACAACAUGCCGACGGUGACGCCAAUAGCCAUCCCACCGAGAUAUCGCCACCUUCCCUCUCCCCACGUGGGAAGGAAAACAUGCAUGUGCACAUGCUCACCGAACAACCCGUCCGAGCGCAACAGCUGCCAAAGACGUCAACGCGUAUGACCCGGCAUAGCGUCAUCCAGGACAUGUCUGCCUCGGCCCGCCCUUCUCGCUCCAACAUCCAUCUCGCUAAAUCGCCAGCCAUUUCUUCUCCCACCCGAACCACUGCAAUGGCACCAUCUGAUAUUACACAACGACCAACGACACCCUCACGGUUUGGUCCAUCAACAGGACGGAGCCGCAACCAGAGUGUGUCCACACCUAUCAAUCCGCAAUCCGUUUCACUGGGGCGCAACAAGCCGAUAAUCAUGGCGACCUCGGUCGCCCAGCCCGGUCAGAACUCGACCUCAAAUCCGAACAGGACACCCAACAAUGCUGCGAGGGGUACCGACAGCGCAGCACGGCCGGAUCGCAACAUCGACAAGGUUGUGCUGGGCGACAUUUGCUUCCCGGCCUGGUACCCGUCGUACUACGGCAAAGAGUUGCUCGGUGGCGUCUCAAGCAAUAGUACCAAGAGUGGCAAAGGAACUAAAAGCAACGGAAGCUUAGCUGCCUCGCUCUCAAACCAGGAGAGCAAGGAUGACAUAAAUGGGACAACAGCCCACGGGAGGCGGGACCGUGACAGCCACCCGCCCAUGCUAAACCGGCUCUACGUGUGUCCGCGCUGCUUCAAGUACUCCAAGGAGCUGGUAACAUGGUGGGAACACGUCCGCUGGUGCGAGCAGCAAGGCUACCUACCGGGCAACAAAAUCUACACGCAUCCCAAAGGGAAGCGGACGGUUAUGGUGCCGUCAGGCCCGGCUCCCAAGCAGGGAAGGGGUAAGCGCGGCAGUGUCGGGCAGAGGAUGGUCCAAGAGGUGGUGCAGGACGAGGGCGAGUGGAGCAUCCGGGAGGUAGACGGCGAGGACGACGUGCUCUUCUGCCAGAACCUCUCCCUCUUCGCCAAGCUCUUUCUCGACAACAAAUCCGUCUUCUUCGACGUCACCGGCUUCAAAUACUUCCUCCUCGUCCACACGCCACCACCCCCCCAUCCCUCCAGCACCCACACCGCCCCCACCGCCACGGACCCCGAGAUCACGGCGCCACAUAACACCGGCACCAACCGCGGCCAGAUCGUCGGCUUUUUCUCCAAGGAGAAAAUGUCCUGGGACAACAACAACCUCGCCUGCAUCCUCGUCUUCCCGCCGUGGCAGCGCAAGGGCCUGGGCUCGCUGCUGAUGGGCAUCUCGUACGAGAUCUCGCGCCGCGAGGGCGUGCUCGGCGGGCCCGAGAAGCCCAUCUCCGACCUCGGCAAGCGCGGGUACAAGCACUUCUGGGCCGGCGAGAUCUGCCGCUGGCUGCUCACCCUCUCCCCGCACACCACCACCGUCACCACCACCACCACCGCCUCAGCCGACGGCGACGAGGAGGCACCCGCGGCGCGGAGCGACCCCGAAAUCGUCGUCGACGUCGAGGCCUGCAGCCAGGCGACGUGGAUCGCCCCCGAGGACUGCCUGGGCGUGCUGCGGGAGAUGGGCCUGGCCGAGGACGCCGGCACGGGCCCGCCGCCCGUCUCGCGCACGGCAGCAAGGACCACCGCCGCCCCCGACAACCAGAAGAAGGAGGAACUCGCUCCCGCCGCUGCCGCUACCGCUACUACUACUACUCUCGCCCCUCCUCCUAACACCGGCGGUGCGGCGGAAGCGGCUUCACCUGCACCGCCAGUGCCUGAGGCGGCGGCGGCGGCAGACCAGGUGGUGGUGCGCAGGGUGCGUAUCUCGCAGGCUGCGGUGCGGGCGUGGGUUGCCGCGAACAGGGUUAGUCUGGAGAGGGCGUGUGAUCCGGACGGGUUUGUGGAGGGGUAUGCUCUCAAGGGGAGGGCGGCGGCGUCGGAGGAGCCGGUUUGAGGUUUUGGGUGCAUGGGAUUUUGUUUUGUGAAGCAGGCAGGCGUUGGGAUAUGGGAUACUACUGGACGCGUUAAGGGUGGUGCUGGAGUUGGGGAUAUUGAGAUGUAUUUGUCUUGAAGGAUAUUUAUUGGCUUGGUGAUUAUACCCGGGCUCGAGGGACAGUCUCGAGAAAUAGCAUUCAUCAUUCCAUUUAGUUCCUUGUACGCGUCAUGGUUUUUAGUCAAGUUUCCAACCAUGAUCUUCGAUUGAAGCUCGAGUCUGGUCAAACUACUGACCUACCUUUCUUAACUAAUAAGUCCGAAGACCCGAAUGAGGCGGUCUCGCCGAGGCAGGUUGGAAUACCGAAUGGAAAUCAUUAAUUUGAG